GCUGACGCUUGUUAUGUUGUUCUACGCAGUAAAGUGGGUGGAAAAUAAGUGAAAAAUCGUGACAAUCUUUAAGAAUUUCCCAUUGAAAUUGUCCUAAUAAGUCUCAUAAGGGUUUAGGCUGUAUUGGCAAGUAUAAACAGUCAAUAGUCCUUUUAAAAUAGUGCCAAUUCUUUUGUGUUGUUUGCCAAAUGACGCAGUAGUUGGAUGUUUAAUGAUUUUUUUCCAAAAUAUUUAUUAACAGCCAAGCAAAUCAUGUCUGCAGACUCGCCCAGCCAGCAAUCCAGGCCAGAAUUGGCCCCAAUGCAAAAUAUCGUCACUCCUCAGCCUGUUACAGAUCCAACUAUAUUGGACAGUGUUGCAGGUUUCAUAAACGAAGUGGUACCUACAGCCGCCACAAACGAUUCCUUCGACUCCAAAGACCAAAUCCAAUGGGUCCGAUUCGAAAAUCUAAACUGCGACGAGCUGAAUUUCUCGCCAAGCAAUGAAGCCCCCCUACCAAACAGCCUAAUAUUAGUGCUAGGCUACACAACUGGAAUUCAAGUGUGGGCUGUACCUGCAAACGGUGAAGCCAUCGAGCUGUUUUCCUGGCGCCACGGCUCUGUAAAAGUCCUAAGAAUACUACCAACACCUUAUGAAGUAGGCACCCUCAACAAAACAGAUUCAUUUGAGGCCAAAAGGCCUCUAAUAGCCUUGGUAGAUGUGGCAACGCAUGGAUCAUCUGCAGGCUCUUUGAACUUCUACUCAUUAAAAACAGGCGAACAAGUCAAGCAAAUCAAAUUCAAAACUCAAAUUUUGGACGUGAUUGCCAACAGGCGCUCAGUAGUAAUCACUUUUCCAGAAAAAAUCGCAAUUUUUGAUGCAUUUACACUAGAAGAUAAAUUAUCUAUUACUUCAUGUUAUUUAUCUCCUGGAAUUCAAUCCAAUCCAGUGGCUUGUGGGCCUCGCUGGUUGGCUUUUGCUGAGAAAAAACUGGUAGCUUCGAGACGUAGCAGUGGAGGUAAUGAAGGAGAAGGAGUCCAAAGCUACACUGCUACAGUGUUGCAUGCAGCCAAAAGCCUUGGAAGAGGUUUGAGAGAAUUGGGAGAUGCAGUAGCAUCUAGUUUAACAGGCAAUCAAGCUAAAUUGGGCACCUCGCCUAACAGUCCUCAAGCAGGAGGCUCCUGCGAUGUGCCUCAAAAAGGAAUCGUCACUGUCUUGGAUAUUGAGAACCCUCAAGCUCAAAACGCCGAUGGCUCUUUGCAUGGGGAAUCAGUUGUGGCGCAUUUCGUUGCUCACACUGAAGCGAUAGUUUGGCUGCAAUGGGGCCCUUGUGGCAUGCUGCUCCUGACUGCUGACAAAAGGGGCCAUGAUUUUAAUUUGUUUCGCAUCAAUUCCCAUCCUGUAGGAGCUGCAUUGGCUGCUGUACAUCACUUGUACACUUUACACAGAGGUGACACCUCUGCUAGAGUCCAAGAUAUGUGCUUCUCCUUUGACUCUAGAUGGGUAACAGUGUCCACUUUAAGAGGCACCACUCACGUUUUUCCCAUUACCCCAUACGGAGGAAAUAUUGGCGUAAGAACUCACACCAGCCCCCACGUUGUAAACAAAAUGUCCAGAUUCCAUAGAUCAGCUGGUUUGUCUUCUGAGGGCCGCUCCAAUAGCCCAAUAUCGAUGCAAGAGUCCACAAUAAGCUCCAAUUUCCCUUACCAUAAUCCUCGUUUCUCACCCUUUCCCCACGCCACAGUAGUCAACCCUUUGGCUCAAUUAAGGCAACCAGUUUACAUGCAAAACAUUGGCAAUGUCGCACCACGCCAGGGCCGUCAAAGAUUGUCCUCCUCCUCUGAAGACAAUAUAGCUUUAAGAGUGACAGCCUGUUUUGCACCUGCCAGAGCCUGGAUCGACUCUACUACACCAAUGUCUGCUUUGAACAAGUCCAUUAAGCCUGUAGAAUCUUUGUUUAUAAUCAACUGCCAUGGCACUUUGGUGCAAUACGAUUUGGAACCUCAUCAUUCUAAUAAUGUAUUAAAAGAGAAGGUUUGUGAUGAUACUGCAAUUGAAUUGGCGGUGACUGCAAAAGCCCAGUGGCGUCUUCAAAGACAAGCCUCUUCAAUAGAUAGACCUCUGCCAUUGUCCCCUCAGAGUUUAGCAUUUGUUGCUUCACAUGUACCUUUGAUUAAGAAAAAAGUUGAAAAUGGCAAUGAUGAUGAUUGGCUGAGUCAAGUUGAAAUAAUCACCCAUGCAGGACCUCAUAGACGUCUUUGGAUGGGGCCUCAAUUUACUUUUAAGACUUAUACAACAGCUAAUGGUACUUCAAUGUCUUUGGGUGAUGCACAACCUUUAGAUCUUAACAGGUCAAAACCUGUUAAUAUGCCUAUUACUAAAGCCAAUGCUGUUUUAAUUGAGUCUAGUUCUGCUAGUAGCAGCGAGCAAUCUUUGUUGGAUAUUUACAGGAAGAAUUGCGAAGAAAUGGGUGCAGCAGGAGAGCAUCAAAUUAAAGAAGACUUGGCAGAUGCAAUGUUGGAGUCGCCAGGCAUAAGAGAAGCCGGUGGAAGGUGCGUGCUCGUGUCUGUGAAAACGCCGCAACAAAAGGCCGGCCCCAUAGCUAAAGUGGUCAACCCCCUAGGUACUGUGGUCACGGUACAAUCCUCAGACGAAGACCAGAUGGACCAAACCCCUGAGGAUUUGGUUAUUUAUGAAAACUGCGACGAAACAUUGUUUAGGCCUCUUGUUUCACCCAAAACUUUGGCUUAUUGUAAGAGCAGCAAAGCAGAUGCAGGUCAUAUAAUGACUCAAAGUCUUAAAAAUGACACAAAUGUUACUGUUAAGGUGAUGGAGAAAAAUGAAGCUGCUGGGCUGAAUUGGGAAGAUCCUAGCGUGCAAGACAUUAAAAAUAAUACAAAAGUUUUGGUGCAUGAAGGUGAAGUGUCUGAUUUGUUAGCUCAAAAGUCUUCGUUUGGUCUUAUGAAUCCCUUGUAUAAUGUUUUGGAGGAAAUCAAAGCUAAGCCUAAUAACAAAAAAUCUAAAAACAAUAAGAAAUCAGUAGUUGAUGUGGUUGAUGUAGCAAAACCAUCUUGCGAUAACAUUUUGGACACACUGAAAUCAGUUGAAUUUCCAGCUUUGGAUACUCAAUUGGUGAAUCCUGAAUUUCCUCCAUUGGAAGACAACUUUUUCUCUCUGGAAAACUUGACCAAAACAGAAAAGUAUGAAGAUGCUGAAGAUUGCGGUUUACCUUUGUAUGAUGAUAAUAAGAAAAAAGGAUCUUUGAAGAAGGCUAGAAAACCCAAGCCUAAAUUAGGCGUAAAAAUAACUAAAGAAGAAAGUCCUGAUAGAGACAAAGAAUCUUUUGGUGGUGAUGUGGCUGUUGAAAUCACUUUACCAGUUCCAAAAAGAAGCUGGAGCAGUAUUGCUUCAGUUAAACCACAGCUGGAUCCCUGGUCCAAUAACAACAACAAUGAUGUCACUACUGAGAAACUUUUGGACAUAGAUUCACCUGAAGAGGACAAUGUAAAUGUUUUGGUUACACUUGACAAACCAGAAGAUUUGCUUAAACUGUCAGACAAGUCUUCAGACGAUGAAAAAAUCGAUUCUGGAAGUUCGCCACUUGAAACGACUGAAAGUUCAGAUGAAGGCAAACUUUUAGCACAGGAUGAUAGUAAAAUCCAAGUUGCCAGUGUUGCUAGUAAAUCAAACACCAAAAGACGUAUGAGGAAGAAGAAGAAAUAGAUUUUGAGCUGCUUUUGUUGUACAUAAUUUUGGUAAAUAGUUUUAAUUUGUGUUUUUAAUAAGCAUAUUUUCUCUUGUUUAGAUGAUUCUUUAAAAUAGUGAAUUUUCAGAUCAUUUUUAUACUUUCAGCGUUUGUUUCCUCCUCAAGUUGUAGCUGUUUUUAUUUUAAAUGUAACUUACACAUGAUAUUUAAUAUUGAAAUAAAUAGGUUUACUCCAUCAUGCACAAUCCUUUAAUUAUUAUUUCCCAGGUAUAAUAGAUGUGAAAAUAAAAUAAAUAUUCCAAAACAUUAUUAUUUUGGUUUCAUUGUAAUAAUAUAGGCAAUCACUAUGAAAUUGUUGAAAAUUCUAGAGCAACUGAACACUUCCACGGAGUGCAUCUACAAUCACAUGGAGGAUCUCAGCAUAGGCAGCAGCUUCAGUUCAGCAAGUAGAGCAUCUCCGACGCCUUCAUUUGGUGAAGGACAACUUCUGCACUUUCCAGGAGAUUCCAGUGGUUCGCUGUGAAAGGUUUUUGCACAAAUAUUGGUUUUGUGAUUCUACUACAAAACAUAACUCAAUCAUUGGUGAUAAUGUGGCAAAAAUAUGUGAUAAAGAAUAGAAAACAGUCAGAAGUGUGAUUUCCCUUUUGGUUUUUUUAAUUAUUUGUAGUUUAUACUAAGAGGGUGACAAAAACUGUAAUUUUAGCCUCGUCAUUAUAAUCUUAUAACUAGACUUGUAGAAGUAGUAAUCAGGGUAUUUAAAUGAAUCAAAAACAAAAUAAUCUCUGUGUUUAUUUGUUUCGUCCACUACUAGUCAGUAAAUUUGUUUUUUUUUUUUUUGGAAAUAGGUAACACAAAGAGAUUGUAUUUAUUUUGUACUAGAAAAUUUUGUACCGGAAUUGUAACAUUAUUAAUAAACAUGAUAUUGUACCUA